UCAUGUGAUUGGCUGCAGGCACCGUGGGGAGUGUGUCCUUGAUCACCACUUGUACUCAAUUACCAAUCACAACUUUAUUAUGCGCGCCUGGCGCCGUGUGUCUGCAGUCAUUUACAUCGUUAUUCCAAAGACCAAAACUCGAUCGUCUCAUUAGGGUGAGUCUGGCAGACCAAGCGAAAAAACGAGAAGGUGCUAGAAUGAACCUUAUGGUUUGGAGUCUCUUUCAGCACCAGCCGCGCUUCAUGGAGUCCGACAGCAACAGUUUCCAGCCCUGGAGAGACUACAUGGGACUGUCGAACACAAUCAGAGAGAUCCUGGCACGGAACACCGCCACUGAGUCCUCACUGCCAGCCCUCUCGCACUCGGAAUCUGAUGAUCUGUGCAAGACUUCGGUAUCUGUGCGCAAUAAUGCAGUUAUCCAAAGUGGCAGUGGGGAAAACUGUGCGCCAGGUGAAUUUGCAGCGCCAGGUUCCGUUACUCAACAGCACCUGGCUCAUGGUUUGUGGCAAGCACCAGACUCCGUUCGUGAUGAUACGCCCGAUGCGGUGGAUUUUAAACCAGUGUCAAAACCUCCGGGAUCCCGGGGGCCAAAAGAUCGCAAGAAGACGUCUAAGACGACUCGUUUCAAAACACCUGAGCCGCCAGCGACACCUCCAUCCCCUGAGCGCGUGUUCUGCAGCUUCUGCAGGCACAACGGGGAGUCGGAGCUGGUUUACGGAUCUCACUGGCUGAAGAACCAGGCAGGAGAGGUUUUGUGUCCAUAUCUGCGGCAGUAUGUGUGUCCCCUCUGCGGAGCCACGGGGGCCAAAGCUCACACCAAGCGCUUCUGUCCGAGGGUGGACAGCGCGUACAGCUCCGUGUACGCCAAGUCCAGACGCUGAGCCAGCAGGUGGCAGGUAGCUUUAAGACACUGCACAGAGGGCGGAAUCCUAUUUAUGUGUGAUUUUUUUGUUUAAUAGCAUUAGUGUGGUUUUGCUUUUGAGUGUUUUGGUUUGGAUUUCAUUUGCAUGCUUUGGUGUGUUUUGCUUGAAGCCGUCUGAUUGGAGUUGUUUUGCAGCUGGUCUUUUGUCGGCCUAGCCUACUUUGACAGCGUCUGUUUUGGAGUUGGUGGAUUUCGUGAGGUAAUUUUAUCUAGCAGGACGACUGCCAGAUAUUAUGUUUGGGAGAAGAAGAAAAAACAUGUUUCAAAGGAAAAUGUAUGUUUGUUUUACAUAUUUUUAAAACGUGGCCGACUGAUGUCCAACUUCAUAUUUCCUGCCCAUGCAUUGAAGGAUUGUAACACUAUCAAAACUUUAUAAGACCUACAGUUAUCAGUAAUAACUUAACCACAGCAUGUAAACAUCAUGUGACCAUGUCAAAAUUUUAAAUUUUUUAAAAUAUGAGUGACUUGUUCUUGUUCUGAGAUGUUCCUGAGGCAUGUUAUUUUAUUUUGAAUAUUGUAUGUGUGGUUCUUCUAAAAAUGCCGUUUCAGCUCUUCUCACUUUGUGAAAAAACUUUGUUAAAAUUUCUGUGAAUAUUCUUGUAUGCCAGAAGUUAUACAUGUCUAAAGUGACUAAAUCUGCGUUUGUA